AUGGGAAUAUUUCUUACAACUGAAAUGAAAGUUAAUAUUAUUACAAUGGUUGUUGUUUUAUCAAUUAUUGUAAUUAGUACAAUUGGGUUCGUUAGUAUUAUUACAGGAUUUUCUAUACAAAACACCUUUAAAUAUCCAACAGUUUUAGAUAAUUAUCAAAGUUAUGAAAAGAAAAUGACAAGUAUUAAUAUCGGGAUGAUUAGUGAUGAUGAUGAACUCACAAGAUAUGGAAAUGAUUAUUAUUGUCAAAUCUAUUUAGGAAAAAUUUUUAUUACAGAAAAAGGAUGGGAGUAUGAAGAGACAAGUCAUAGUAAACUUAUUAGCAAAUUUAGUAAAGGAAAAAGAGGAAAUGAAUUAUCAGAAUUAGUUUGGUACAAUAAGAAAUUAUAUGGGUUUGAUGAUAAAACAGGAAUUGGGUAUGAAAUAAAUAUUGACCGCCAAGAAUUAUAUCCAAGAAUUAUUCUUAGUGAAGGAAAUGGGACUUCAGAAGAUGGAAUGAAAGUAGAAUGGGGAACAGUUUAUAAUGAUGAGAUGAUUGUUGGAUCACAAGGAAAUAUUCAUGUAAAUGGAAUUGAUGAUUAUUCUAAUUCAUAUAUUUAUCAUAUUAAUACACAAUUAGAAAAGAGAGUUGAGUCAUGGAUAGAUAAGUAUGAAAGAAUUCAUAAAGUACUUAAUAUUUCAUAUCCAGGGUAUAUUACAAAUGAAGGAAUUUUAUAUUCAAAUAUGUACCAUGAAUGGUAUAUUUUUCCAAGGAAAGUAAGUAAAAUAGAAUGGAUUGAUGAACUUGAUGAAGUUGCUUCAAGUCAAUAUAUUAUUAUUUGCGAUGAAGAUAUUAAUGUGUGUAGGAAAUAUAAAGACCCACAAUAUGUUAAUGAACGAUGUUUUAGUUCUAUUAAAAUCCUUCCAUUUAAUGAAAGAACUGUUAUUUAUACAAAAAGUGUUGAGCAUAAUGACAAAAUUGAAAGUUAUAUUGGUGCAAUUUCAUUAGAUGGAGUUAAUGAAAAUGAAGAUGUUAAAAUUAUAAUGAAAGAUACAUUAAUAUCAAAAUAUAAAAUUGAGGGUAUUGAAAUUUUACCAAAUUAUUGGUAA